CCCGAACAUCGACAUCAUUUCACAAGCCAGAAAGGAAAUCCCGCUGAGCCCUGCUGACUAUCCCUCUACCUUCAAAUACCCCCGAGACGUCCUUCCUCACAGUCCCACAUCUCUUUCACCACCCAUCCAUCAAUCCCAUUAUCUGAAUUGACACGUCUGUCUUGCCUGCUGCAUCACCGCAUCAAGUGACGUACGACUCCCUUUUCGCACAACAUCAAGAUACCCAUUGCUUUCAACCACAUACCACUCACACGACCACCAUGUCUCUCGCAUCAGCCAACUUCCCCUCCUCGGUCGCCUUCGACGCCAUCUCCUCAUCCCUCGCCUCCUCCGAGCCAGACCGCAAAGAUGCGAUAAAGAAGGGCAACGCGAUCUUCGCGUUCCAGCUGAAGAACGGCUCCGGCGAGACCGAGUCGUGGUACAUCGACCUCAAGGAGACGGGCACGGUCGGCAAGGGGGAACCCCCCAAGAAGGCGUCGGUCACGCUCGUGCUGUCCGACAAGGACUUCGGGCAGCUGGUGGCCGGCAAGGCGAACGCGCAGAAGCUGUUCAUGAGCGGGAAGCUCAAGGUCAAGGGCGACGUCAUGAAGGCGACGAAGAUGGAGCCGAUUUUGAAGAAGGCGCAGACGAAUGCGAAGUUGUAGUGGUCGUCGGGGUGUCUGGGGUGUAGGAUGGGGGUUGGGGUGGAAAGAUAUGUUGGCAUGUAUAUUACUGGAUCUCGGCUGGAUAUCGUUGAGAUGAGAAGAAAGGAUUUUUUGUGUAGCUGUCGAGGCACGAAUAGGAUGCCUACGAAUAGAC